AUGUUAGAAUGUCAAAAUUACGGGAGUUUGAACAAUUCUGACAGGAAGAUAACUUCUGGAAGGUGCAAUUAUUGUGAUAGAGGUAUCGACUCUGGAUGGUUUCGUUUUGAAGGGUCCGCCGGUACAAGAAUGCCAACUUCAUGUCCACCCGUCCAAAGGUGUAACACUGAUGCUACAGGCUGGUUGAAUGGUGGACACCCCACAGUAGCAGAUGGUCAGGUCAGCAGGCGGGUGUGUUUUCACUACGGUAAUAAAUGCUGUCACUGGGCAAGAAACAUCUAUGCGAGAAAUUAUAGCUCAUAUUAUGUGUACUAUCUUAGUGGUACACCUACUUGUAGUCUCCGUUAUUGUAGCACUGACUAA